AAAUUUACAUGUGUGUAUGCACGAUCCCCUUCUCCAUGUCCUUUUUGUGAAUGUGUGAUUCACUGUGAAAUGGCGAAGUGCUAGUUGGUUUUACAGUUCAUAACUGGAGCUCGUUGAAUAUCCCUCAUGGUUAUACGUUAUAACUAUAACGAUGCACAAAUGAAUGUGAAAUUUGAAAUAAUGUGAUCAAUCUGAGUGUUCAGUUUUCAUAACCAAAGCACAUGUAGCUACGCUAUUAAUUCCUAAUCAUUUGUCGCAACUUUGUUCAAUAAUAGUGCAAAAAAUGUGACUUUAAACCCACUGAGAUAAUUCUAAGUGUUGUGAAAAUUUUUUGUUAUUUCUUACCCCUCGAUAACAUGCUGCUGGAUUCAUGGCAAACAUGGAUAGGCAAAGCAUCUUUUGGAAGAAUCUGAUCGACGUUGAGGACGAGAGGAUUUUCGAGAAGGUAGAAAGAGUUGGAGCUUUGCUAGGAAACAGUGAUAAAGAAAAAUGUCAGAAGGAGAAUUUCGACUGGUGUCGUGUGUCUGUUUUAAAAUCGGCAGACGAAAAUUACACCGAAAGUGAUCGGGAGGCCAAUGAUUAUCCGUCGCUUCAUAUCAAUCGUAAGCUGACGUUGAUCGGACGGGAAGUAAACUGCGGAAAGAUAAAAUUUCACUCGAAUUCCAGAGAGUUUAACGAUCAUGAGGAGAAUUCCACGAACCGCAUAACGCGGUCGAGCGACGAUUACAGCGGCGUAGAUUGUAUCAGCCGAGUAACGGAGAGAGGCGAACGUCAUCACAAAGCUUAUUCUUGUAAUGGCCGCCGCCGUAGUUACCGUCGUGAAAGGCACGCGAAGCGUAGCCGUGGUGCGAAAUGCUUGCUCUGUGUGUCAAGGAAAAAGUAUAACGAAAAGAGUUUGAAAAAGCGGAAGAAACGCAGCAAGGUGUUGAACAACAAUGUGAUGUGCGUAUUAAACUGUUCGUAUAUAAUAAAGGAGUGUAGUAUAAUUGAUUAUCAGUCGAAAUUGUCCGGUCCGACAGUUGUGAAAUUUGGUAUAAUCAGAUCAACGUCGUCGGCUCAUCAUCCGGAGGGUGAGGCUGAAGUUUCACCGUCACAGUCACAGAAAUCCACGAAACAGCGACGAAUCGGUAGAGUGGAAAAUCCUUUCUCAACUGAGCUAUCGAUAUUUAGAUCUAUACAAAAUCUAAUACAACACCUUUCGAAUAUUCUCGAGGAGAGGAAAUCACGUGUAAAAAAACAACAUGGACCGAUGGAAACGUUGGAUAUAAAUUCUGGUUACAUAGCUCGUAAACAAACCGAAUCGAACAGAAGAUUUGACAAAUUUUACAAACUGAGAAUGAACAACGUCAAUAAAUCCAUCAGCGGCUCUGUGGUAGAAGGUAGCGAAAAGUUUGACCAAUCUAAACUCACUAAACUACCAAUGACACGUACCACCAACAAGAGUCCUCAAAGUGACGAAGGCAUCGAGCCGGAUCCUGACCAGCGGAGAGGAUUCGUCGCACGCUGCUGGAGUCUUGACUCCGCUGUACCAAGUGACGACGAUAGCUGUCCAAAUUCUGUCACUCAAAGGGAACACAAGGUUCGCGUCACAAGAUGUUGCAGCUCCGACAGUGCGGUGCUCAGUGACGACGAACAGAACAAAGUUUGGGGGAGUUCCAAUGUAAACGAGGCUGUGGAAUGUGAGUCUAGCGAAAAAGACGAUGGGCAACCAAGGUACUGGCGAACUCCUAGUGUCGUGGUCAGCGAUUUUUCGGACUACUCUUACUUGGAGGAGAAUUUUGAGAGGAACAACAUAGAUGACAAAUUUGACGGGAACAGCGGGCCCAGUCAAGCUAGCAGUUGCUCUUGCUUUGACUGCGACGAGGUUCGACAAUCUACUGAAAAUUCUCUUUCAUUAGACUUUCACCUGCUGCAAAUAUGCCGCCAUAGACGCCACUCGGACUCGUGUUGUUUAUGCGUUGGCUCUAAGCAUAGCAUUUCGCAAAGCAACGUUAACAGGAGAAAUUCAUGUCUGGCUUCUCCCAGUCCAUAUUAUCCAAAGUUGACGAGGUCUGAGGGAAGCUCUCCAAACUGCGACAGUUCAAGAGGUCGUUUAGAAGACACGGAGAAUAAGAGUCAUGGCGAGCUGUUAGACAUCCCGAUGUGUCGGAAGAUAUCCGAUUGUUCAACUAAUUCCAGUCUAAGUGGUGACGAUUAUGAAAUCACCGAGCUCCAACCAAUCAAACAUCCAAAGACAUCAGGCUGGAGAAAAUUGAGAAACAUUGUACAAUGGACGCCAUUUUUUCAAACUUACAAGAAACAGCGUUACCCAUGGGUGCAGCUUGCGGGACAUCAAGGGAAUUUCCGUGCAGGACCAACUCCUGGGACGAUUUUAAAGAAACUCUGCCCGCAGGAGGAGGCUUGCUUCCGUUUAUUAAUGCGCGAUGUUUUGAGGCCUUAUGUACCUGAAUUCAAGGGGGUUUUGGACGUUCGAGAGUCUGAAAACGGCGCGGAAUUACAUGACGAUAUCGCAGCUGAGACUAAGGACCGAGAGGGAGGCGGAGACUUGCGUAAAUCUGUCGUAUCUUCCUAUCUGCAGCUCCAGGAUUUACUCGGAGACUUUGAACAGCCCUGUGUCAUGGACUGCAAAGUUGGGGUGCGGACUUACCUUGAAUCUGAGCUCGCCAAGGCCAAAGAGAGACCAAAGCUACGGAAAGACAUGUAUGAGAAAAUGGUUCAAGUCGAUCCUAGUGCGCCAACAGCCGAGGAACGUCGUGUUCAGGGUGUCACGAAACCUAGGUAUAUGGUUUGGCGAGAGACAAUCUCGAGUACAGCUACGUUAGGCUUCAGAGUUGAAGGAAUCAAGCGAGCUCAGGGAGGUUCCUCUAAGGAUUUCAAGACCACGCGGACUCUGGAGCAAGUCACAGAGGCACUAAAACGCUUCACAGAAGGAUAUCCGCAUGCUGUCCCAAAGUACCUUCAGCGGCUGAAAGCUAUUCGAGCCACCCUCAAGGCAUCCACGUUCUUUGCAACACACGAAGUUGUAGGAUCAAGUCUACUUUUCGUCCACGACGCAACCGAUGCUGGGAUCUGGAUGAUUGACUUUGCAAAGACUUUGCCGCUUCCUUCCCACUUGCAAAAUAUACGCCACGAUGCGGAAUGGCAAGUUGGUAAUCACGAGGAUGGAUAUCUGAUUGGUGUGAAUAAUUUGAUUAAUAUAUUUCAAGAUAUACGAGACUCGGAAGUAUAAUAUAGUAUAAUCAGCGCAUUUUCAUUCAUGAUGAAAAAUUGGUCCGUUUGGAACUCGUCGUGAGACGAUUGAGAGGAUGUGUGUAUAUAUAUAUGUAUUUUUUAUUGCCCUAGUGAUUAUAAUGUAUGGAGUUGAAAAGGUAAAUUACCUAACAGAAUUCUCGUUCUUCUGUGGCGUUGACCUAAAAUUUUGUAUCAGUGUUCGAUGAUUACAGUGACAAAAGAAUCUCUGUUAUUAUUAUCAAAUAGUCUCAAUUUUAGGCGCGAUAAUGGAAAUUGCGGUGAUUAAAAAAAUCCGCAAGAAUUUAGUAAAUGAAUAAUGUACAGGAACGUAAUUCGUAGAUUUUUUUUCCUUUUUUGCCAAGAGUUCACAGGAUUGUAGUAUAUAGGUAGCAUAUACACAAGUAUGACUACAAUGUAUAGAUUUCGAAAUUAUGUGGGAAUUUGACAUAUUAGCCCCAUGUGCUCAAUCCAUAAAAGCACCAUAUCCUCUUCCAUAUAGUCCUCCUUUAAAAAUGAUAGGUAACCGGUAUGAUACUGACAAAUAGUCAAAAUUUCGACUACGCUGUUCCUUUUGUGUAUUCCCACAAAUCUGAUGGUAAUUGAGUGUAACGGGAAAGAACAAAAAAGAUCAAACAAAGAUAAAUAGUGAUAACACUGACGUUGAGAAAUAAAUACAAUUAUCAAUAAAAAAAAUGCUUGAUAUACUGCCGAAA